AUGAAAAUUGAUGGUGGCAAAACAAACAAUGAAUAUCUCCAAAUAUAUACUUCGAAAUGGUUGGAAGGUCUAAUGAAUGCACGCUAUCCUCUAAUCGAUGCUCUCGGAAGCAAAAGUGAUAUGCCCCGUGUUGAUGUUCUUUUCACACUCGUUCUCUACAUUCUAGUAGAAUUCAUUCAAUCUUGCCCAGAGGCUAGAGAGUUACUGCGUUCUAGAGAAGGGGGGUUAUCAGUGAGUCUUCAACUGAUCUGCAAAUAUAGCACAAAUGUUCUGGAUUGUAAAUCAGAUCCACAACAAAUUUCGAAAGAUGAUAUCAAUGGCUUUAUUGGAUCACUGAAGGAUCUGAGACACAAAGGUGACGAAAUAAACAAUCUUUUAUCGUCACCUCCGUUCCCUUUCCCACCAUAUUGGCCCAACCCAAAAAGUCCAGUCAGCAUUACCGAGGAAGGGACAAUAACGAAAAUAGGUUAUCUAAAGGAACGCCAAAGGUGGACGAAGUGGAAGAAGGUUAUACAAGAAAAUAUACGUCAAGAGCAGAUCAGAAUCGGACUUCAAAAGGAGAUGGAAACCAAACCUCAAGAGAAGGCGCAAGAGAAAAGACAACGGGAAGAGGAAACUAUAGAAGAAAAUAUACUUCAAGAGCAGAUCAGAAUCGGACUUCAAAAGGAGAUGGAAACCAAACCUCAAGAGGAGGGGCAAGAGAAAAGGCAACGGGAAGAGGAAACUCAGAGAGAACUUCAGAGAGAACUCGUUAAUAACUUUAUGCGUAUUGGACCUCUUGAUGAGGAGAACGUGAAACACAAAUUCGUACCUAUAUGGGGGGACGAGAGAAGUGAUGAGGAGAUUGACGAAGAUAGUAGCCAAGACGACGAAGAGGAGGGAGUCGAUAUUUUUACUUACUUUAAGACAUAAUUUUUCCGUCAAAAAUGCAGAAAAUUCAUAAAUCAAUCAUUCUUAAACGUGCUAUAUUUUAACGUGUAAUUUAGAUUAUGAUAUAGUAUAGAGUGCGCGUGCAUCGAGGUUAUUAUAUUGAUAAGAAUUUAACUAAUUUUAUUGUAAGAAUUCAUUUCAUAAAUUCAAGCACACAGUGAAUAAACAGGAUUGGCAAUUCAUAAUAAAAACAUAAUGUGAGAUUCAAAUGUUGUAAAAUUUGGAUGAAGUUCGAACCAUUUAAGGCAUACAGAGACAGUCAAGACUAUAAAUGGACCAUACUAAUACGUUGAACAAUUUAUAUUCAAAUUUGAAACACCCUUAGCAACGUACAGGGUGGUCAAAAAACGCAAAUCCUGCAUUUUGCCCAUAUUUUUUUGGAAAUAACUACAAUCAAUUUGAAUGAUGUAAAAAUGUGCAAAAUAUCAGGGACAAACUCCCUAAAAUGACAAAGAUAUGACGAAAAUAGCGGCAGAGUUUCCGAUUUUGACAACCUUGACUAAAGAUGGAGUGUAUACGUUUUUUGUGCUUUGUAUAGUCUGCCCUGUGCAUCUUAGACCGAACGCUAAAAACUCGUAUAUUAAUAUUAAAUAUGACAUCUUGGUUCAUAUAAAUGAUGAGCUACUGACUUGUCUCUGAUUUUGAUUUUCUGGCAUGCACUUUUGUUUGUAGCAGCAUCUAUUCCAUGUCACAAUGAUUUUGUAAACGCUGUAAUGUGUAUGUAAACACGAUGAGGUUACGUUUUGUUUAAUACUUCCAUCGCUUUUUCAAAUGGACUUCUUGAGGUGACACUUUGGAAAAUGUGAUGUAAAUCAAAUGACGUCAAUAUGCAUUAUAUUUUUAAGCUUGAAAAUAGUAAUACAACUUCAAACGUAAACAGACUUUGUCCCAUGGCGAGCUAGGUGUACACAACCUUAAGGGGAGUGUACAUUCUAGAUCCGUCUAAUCGAUUGCAUCACACCUCGAGGGGGUCCUUAUCUCUAAAAAAAUGAAUGUACAGCUGAGUCAAAUGGGUGAAAGGUUUCAGGUUGAAAAGCUAAAAAUAAACACACGCGCAAAUGGUUUUAGAAUAACUGACGAUAGUUCAACAUCCAUGUCAAGUUAAUAUCGUUGUCUAAUAUUGAUUGCAAUGUUUACAAAGUAUACGAGAUUAUCUCUAAGGUCAUGCACUGGUAUCACCCCAUGUGUCAAAUGAGGAGUUGAUUCAAGGUCUAAAAUGAAAAGUAAAAAGUAUAAGGUCCACAAAACACAAAAUGGUAAGAAUUAAACAUAAACUGACAAGCCAAAUCUUACAUUUCCUCCAAACCGAUUGAAUUCGAAAAAUAUUGAACUAAACGUAUGCCAUGUUCGUUAUGUUCAAUCCAAGAAAAGAUAUUUCACUUUUUGUGAUUUUACAACAUGGGGUCUAUCGGGAAUCUCCCCGAACAAGAAGUC